UUUACAGGCUUAAAGUAGCAGCGGCACACUGCUUUUCACUGAAAUAUACAAAGAUCUUGACUCUUUUAGAAACUUUGUAGUCUUUGCAAUAGAAGCUGGGGAAUGAUGACAUGCAGCAAUGGAACAAGUGUCUGCACAAGAUUUCUGAUGUGGUUUCUUCUACUGUAUAUGUUUGUAAGGAAGGUGCUACCUGAAGACGACAUUAUAGUUACUACUAAGAAAGGAAAAGUAAGAGGGAUUCACUUGCCUGUACUUGGGGGAACUGUGACGGCCUUUCUGGGAAUUCCUUAUGGCGAGCCACCGCUUGGUAGACUACGAUUCAAAAAACCAGAGCCCCGCAACAAGUGGACAGAGAUUUGGGAUGCCACAAAACAUGCAAACUCUUGUUAUCAGAAUAUAGAUAAAACUUUCCCUGGAUUCCCUGGGUCAGAGAUGUGGAAUCCAAACACAAACCUUAGUGAAGACUGCUUAUACCUCAAUGUAUGGGUUCCUUCUCCAAAACCCAAAAAUGCAACUGUCAUGGUAUGGAUUUAUGGGGGUGGAUUUCAAUCAGGGACAUCCUCUUUACCUGUCUAUGAUGGUAAAUUUCUGGCACGUGUUGAAAGAGUCAUUGUAGUUUCAGUGAACUACAGAACAGGGGCACUAGGAUUCUUGGCUUUACCAGGAAACCAGGAAGCUCCAGGAAAUGCAGGUUUAUUUGAUCAAAGGUUAGCACUUAAGUGGGUCCAGGAGAACAUAGCUGUCUUUGGUGGCAAUUCUAAAAGUGUCACUUUAUUUGGAGAGAGUGCCGGGGCUGCUUCUGUUAGCUACCAUAUUCUUUCUUCUGAAAGCCAUCCUCUUUUCACAAGAGCCAUCAUGCAAAGUGGCUCUGCUAAUGCCCCCUGGGCCACACUAACACAUUCUGAGGCAAGGAAGAGAACUUUGACCUUAGCUAAACUACUCAGCUGCUCGGGUAGCAAUGAUACAGACAUAAUUCUCUGUCUUCAAAACAAGGAUCCCCAGGAUAUCCUCGAGAAUGAAAUUUCUGUUCUAACACACAACUCUCUUCUAAAAAUAUAUUUCUGUCCCAUAGUUGAUGGUGAUUUUCUCACUGAAAUGCCACAAACAUUGAUCCAGCAUGGGCUCUUUAAACAAACCCAACUCUUAGUGGGAGUUAACAAAGAUGAAGGGACAGCUUUUCUAGUGUAUGGGGCACCUGGUUUCAGCAAAGAUAAUGAUAGCCAGAUCAAUAAAACAGAAUUUCAAGUAGGUUUAAGUGAGUCCUUUCCAGAAGCAAGUGAACUUGGGGUGGAAUCAAUCAUUUUUCACUACACAGACUGGGAAGAUGAGCAGAACCCUGACAAUUAUCGUGAUGCUAUGGAUGACAUUAUUGGGGAUUACAAUAUCAUAUGUCCUGUAAUGGAGUUCACAAAUUUUUUUGCUCAACUAGGAAAUAAUGUAUUCUUCUACUUCUUUGAACAUCGGUCCUCAAAACUUGCUUGGCCAGAAUGGAUGGGAGUAAUGCAUGGUUAUGAGAUUGAGUUUGUAUUUGGAUUACCUCUAGAGAGAAGAGUUAAUUACACCAAAGCUGAACAAAUCUUGAGUAGAUCCAUGUUGAGAUACUGGGCAAGUUUUGCGAAAACAGGAACUCCAAAUGGGACUCAGAUCAAUGGAACCAGAUGGCCAAUCUUCACUACAGCUGAACAAAAAUACUUAACAUUAAACACUGAAGCUUCAAAGAUAUAUACAAAAUUACGUGCCCACCAGUGUCGAUUCUGGAAUGUAUUUUUUCCCAAAGUCCUGGAGAUGACAGGAAAUAUUGAUGAAGCAGAACGAGAAUGGAAAGCUGGAUUCCAUCGCUGGAACAAUUACAUGAUGGACUGGAAAAAUCAAUUUAAUGAUUACACUAGCAAGAAGGAAAGCUGUGCAGGUCUCUAAUUAAUAGAUUUACCCUUUUGAGAAUGUCCAUAUUACCAUUGAUCAAGGUAAACAUACCAGUAACUAUCUAACGUGUUUAGCAAUAAAGCAUAUUAUGUAAAUUAAACAAAAUGUCAUGAAUAUAAUAUUGAUUCCCCAGAUCUUUUAGUUUAUAGUCUAUCUUGUAUCUCAAUAAACAAUAUAAGGCACUCAUACCCUUUUAAAGCUUCAGAGUAUGUCAAAUAGGACUAUAGAGAUUAAAGUAUGAAGAUUAAUGAUGUACAUGUUAUCAUAAACACUAGCAGCUU